AUGGGCACGGACGGGGAUGAUGAUGAUGAUGUUGGAUGCUGCGGUGGAGUUGGAGCAGCUCUGGUCUCGUCGAAGUGGACUGCGACACGCGCGCGCGCACACACGAGAGAGCGAGACGAAGAGCGAGACGAAGAAAUUGAUAGACGACAACAGAUGCCAGAGCGGAAGAGACAGCAAAACGGUUGUCUGUUGUUUUGGGGUGAUCUCACGAUGCGCUCAGAGAGAGAGAAAGUCUCCCUUGAGAGUUCGUCCAGGCUUCCCGUACGCCGCGACUCCUCCGUGACUCGUCCGGGGCUCCUCCGUGACUUACGCCAGAAAUAUCCCAGGCAAUUCGAAUCCUCCCUGCGAAAAACUUGGAGAAAAAGAGUGACGGCACGGACGCCACGCGCUAGGCCUAUACCGGCAAAGAGUGGGGCUGUGCGUGGCCGGGGCCAAUCAGCGGGCGUUAAUUUGGGUAAUGUUUCAAUACGCCAUACUCCCGUAGAGCAGCAGCAGCUUGCUGAGAGACUCUUUGAUAUCAUCGCGAGGAUUGUAUACAGAUCGAGAUGGCAGGCCGAGGUGGAUAGCUAUCUUAAAGGGGGCGCACGGUCAACUCGUACAUCAUUUGUAUUGCUAGAGCAGUAUGAAAAGCAGUUGAUCACACGAGGAGGCAGUUCGUAG